CGCUCCUUUCACCCCUUCUAUUCGUCUGCGACCGAUGUCUGUAUGCUCAACGGGCGUUAGAGCACUAUCACGCUCCCGAAUUACUCCCUCCAAGACGCUGGCUCCAUUCCUCUAUCAGACUGCGACGAUUCUGCAAUGGAAGCCGAUCGCGCAACCAAUUGCGCGUCGAGCCGCUUCAUCAAGAUCGAAUCCCGAAGAUGAUAUCCCCUUUGAAGAUGGCGUGCUUCCGCCUGCCGAAGACGAGGUGAAUACGGCGAGAAAGAGCACAAUAACAGGCUCUGAGCGUGCCGCGUUUGAGAAGCUCUACAAAAAGUUCAACGCUCCCCCGGGCCGCCCGAAGCAGGCUCGAGACGACGACACAGACCAGAUCGCAGACGAAUACUACGAAGAUGAUGACGACGAUCCUUCCUCCUCGACCCUCGACGCAGUUUUCGAUGCCGUGCUUUCGGGCAAACAGACUCCUCGAACACCAAAGCCAAAGGCGUGGAAGCCCAGGAAGACGGAGGAUCUCGCCACGCUAGCGAAGGAGAUACUGAGGCCUGAAACGGAGAAGGCGAGGGAUAGGCCAAAGCGAGAGGCUGCGGCGAAAGCACAAAAGAUCAGGAGGAUUCAGGAUGAGGAGAGGGAGAGGGUGAAGGGGCUGUUGGAGGGCGCACAGACGGAUCGCGAGCUGUGGGAGGUACUGGAGAGGGAGGUUUUUGGAGUAAUUAAGAGCUUAGAUUUGGAUGGGACGAGGAAGGCUGAGGCCAGCAAGAAAGGCAAAGGCAAGCAGAAAGAUACCCCCGCGCAACCUCCUUCGCUCCCUGAACUCGACGCCGCCGCUCCCCGCUUCCCCACAUCGCCCACAGAUAAUAUCUACAAGCCCCCAAAACGGGACACCACCCGCCACGACCCCAGCAUCGUCUUUCCAAACUUCCCUCAUCAUCUCAUCGUGGCUGCCAAAACCUUGCGCACGGACUUCCCCGCCUCCCCGCUCCCCCUCAGCAUCAUACCGACCCUUAAGUCGCUCGGCCGCUCCUCGUACGCCCUCGGCGCCACCACCUCGCUCUACAAAAUUCUCCUCCGCACCGCGUGGCUGCAGCACCACUCCUACACGCAAGUCUGCUCUCUCCUCCAAGACAUGGACAACGGGGGCAUCGAAUGCGAUUACGGCAUCCUCAACCUGCUCGACGAGAUUAUCUCCGAGUAUCGCGUCGCGAGGAGCGGGAAGCUGGGCAGGGGUAUGCAGGUCGUGCUAGGCAUGGAGCAGUUCGAGGAGGGGAUCAAGAGGCUGAGGGUGUGGAGGGACAUGAUUGCGAGGCGGUUGGGGGACUGGGGGAAGAGGAGAGCGGAGGAGGGGACUGUAGUGAGGAGGGUGAGGCCGGGGUUGAGGCAGGGUGCUGUGACGGGGCCGAGGGAUGAGCUGACGGUUAGGAGUAGGGGGUCAGAUAUGGUGGCGGUUGGUGCGCUUAAUGAUGAUGUGCCGCUCGUAGGAGAUGGAGAGGAAGACAUGGUCUUGCGGGCGCAUAGGAAUGCGACUGUGGGCGCCAGUUCAGACGUGAACUCUUUCCGUUAACCGUGGAGCGGAGUCUGGUUCAGGUAGUGGACCGUGAGAGUCAUAUCUUUGGGUUAGCCUGAGACUCACUAGGAAGAAUACGAGGAGUGGGUAGUCCCAUAGCGGACUUGUUACUACAGCAUUAUGUGUACGAUAUCCAUGAGCUUUACAAUGGAGUUGGGGAGCGGAGCACCACGUAUGGACAGGGGCUGGGUAGAGAUAGAAAAAGUGUAAUGUAUACUCCUCUAUGAGAAGCCGCUUAUAGAAUUAAUUCGAGGCCUCUAGACCUUAGAUAGCCCUGCGGGCAUCUUAAGCCACUACAACACCGUAGAUUACCGAGGCUG